UAUUUAUUCUCUUGGACUUUACUUCUAAUGAGCUCAUCAAGCAUUGGGUUUUUAUGUGCUUGAAAUAGUAGUUGGGAUAGCCCAAAACCUAAUUUAGUGGGCCCAAGCCACGUGUCCGAUUCUCUAGAGGCAGUUAUUGUUAACUUCUUUUGCAAAGUGACAGUCUGUGUAACUUUAUCAUCUCUCGUAACUGUUUUCUUUAUAUAAAUAUCACCCCGCCCAUUUUUUUCUCUGUUGCUUGACUAUUCUUUCGAGAGAAGAAAAGAAACAGAGAAAUGGGUUUGGGCAUCAAUUGUUCAUCUUCAGUAGUUCUCCUACCUCGAGCUCCCGAUUCAAAUUCCUUUGAUUCUUCGAAAGUUGCUCGAUUGUCUGCGAAGGACGAUAAAGGAACGUGGAGAAUCAGAAGUCGAUGCGCUUUAGGUUUAGCGAGCUUGAUUCUCGCAAUCGAGUUCGGCGACGUCUCCGUCGCCGUUGAAACUCAGGCUCUCGAAUCGCCGCCACAAGUUGUAGAUUCGAGGCGUGUAAAGAUCUCGAGAUGGAGCGACAAAAGAAAAUGCGCUCAAUGGCGAGCCAAUUCGCUCGAGAUCAUCGUGCCUGAGAACCUUCCGAGGCCGUCACAGCGCCGGAAGUGGGAGGCAAUAGCAUUUACGGAUGUGGAGAACGCACCGGCAGUUCAAGUAAUUUCUUCCAAAUUUGGCUCCAAGUACUGUUUCUCUUUAUAAAUAUCUAUUUCCUCGCCUAGACUAAACUGUAGAUACUAGCUUCUAAGUCGUUUUUAUCAAUCACUUCAAUGGCUAUUCGAUGACUGCUAUUAUUGAUCAACGUGAAUAGUUUUCGUUCCAACACAAAAUUGAACAUAAGAU